AUGUCGGCAUCUCCAUUCCCCUCCGGCGACGACUCGUUAUCCCCUUCCGCCUCGACUUACAUGAUCUCCUCACAAUUCAACACAUCCUACCACCACACAUCCUCGGACGAGGACGAAAUAGCUUCUCUACCUUCAGAAACAUCCACAGAAUCAGAUUUCCUCUCCGAUUACCAAGAUUCGGACGCGGAAGAGCAAUGGCGGGAAAGCUUACAACAAUUAGAGCUGCUUCUCACAAUGGUCCUGGUGCCUUUUAUAGGCAAAUAUGCGGGGAGGAAAUGUGCAUAUUGGGGCUGGACGAAAUUCAUGGAAUGGAAAUACCCCGUCGAAGUUGUCGUAACGAAUAAAGCGGCGUUCCGGGCGGCGGGAAUCAUCGGUGCAGCUACUUUAUGA